AUGAACGAGUUCCCAGGCCUUUCGUCUGACACCACUCCUAGUGGUCUCAGCGUCCCAGUCGCCGAGCGUCCAAUCGACCAUCACGCAUCAUAUGCGGACGUCUGGAUCACCAUAGUCACUGUUUUGGCCGUCAUUGUUGGUGGCGCUGUCCUGCUGGCCCUUCGGAAGCCCAGGCCUACUCCACGCCACAGCGAUAACAUCUGCGACACUCGAGACUGCCUCACGCACGCUUUCCACCUCAACACAUCAGUGAACCCUAAGGUAAACCCCUGCGUCGACUUCUACGAGUACACGUGCAGCUUCUGGUAUCGAGACUACAGUUACCAUGAGGUCGACCGUUUGGACGAGCUCCUAGCUUCAAACCUCUUGAGCACUUUCAACAACAACAACAACAAAGCCAACACCACGAGCGUUGCAGUCUUGAACUCCUUCAGAAUGUACAAUUCCUGCAUCCAUCGCGUCAAUGAUAUCGUAUCGUUCAAAGCGUUCAUGAAGGAACGCAGAAUUCCUUGGCCAGAGGAACCUGCUGAAGACGUCGAUCCUCUGGACGUUCACCUUGACUUAACGAUAAAUUGGGGUCAGUGUUAUUGGAUGUGUCUGAAAAUAGUGCGACCAUGGUACGAAGGGCAGUACGUGGUGGUCUUCUUCAACCCUCAAGACAUGCACUCUUGGAAGAACCGCGAAGGCGGUAGGGGCUCUUUCCAUAAUUUCACGACGAGAGUUCGUCAUUUCGUGGAAGCCUUGAACGUAAAGGUAAACGUCAGCAAACUGCCGAGACUUUACAGGGACGAGGCCAUAGUCAGAAACUUCGUGACGCGCGGCAAGGCCCACGCGCUUAGCGGGAGUUCGUUCCGCGUACGGGACCUGAGGAACCACACGGGAAGUGACAGGUGGGCGACGUUUCUCAACAAUCACUUCCAACCAGAUUUCACCGUUACCGACGAUACGAAGGUCAUGGUCCACAACAUGCGUGUCCUCCACGAACUGAGAAGCGUCCUUACGUCAUCCAGGUCUCCUUAUCUUCUUGAUGUACUUGGUUGGACCUUCGUGCAAGAGAAUGCUUGGAUGGCUGUCCCUGACGUAGAUGUUGUCACUUUCGGCAACCUAACACACGCAGCCAGAGCACUUCCGAUGUUUUGCUUACGGGUGACGGAGGAGUCCUUCGGAAUCUUACCGUGGACUCCAUGGAUCUUGCAGCAUUUUCCGGUCUCUGAAAGGCAGAGAGUCAACCGCAUCGUCGACAACGUAGUCCACGUACUCGAAGGCAAGGUCCGGAAUUCUACCCUUAUCAAUAACAUGACAAAGCAAAUCGCAUUAGGCAAGAUAAGUCGAAUGUAUCGAGUCAUUUGGCCACCAGACUACUACUUCGAUGAACAGCGCCUCGAUCAAGCGUACCAAACCUUCUCGUUGAUGAAUGACACCUUUUUUCAGAACUGGAAUCGCUCUCUAGCAGAUCUACGAGGCCUUAUUGGACACAAGGACUACUUGUACAUCUACAAGAAGACCAUGAAGGAUCACCUAGGGCCUAUAGUAUACUUGCAUUACUUCAAUGUCCUCCGUAUGGCUAUGGGUCAACUCGUACCACCACUUUAUUACACCCACGGUACUCUGGCGUCGAACUAUGGCUACUUAGCCACACUUUACGCGUCUUACGCGGCAAAAACCAUGGAUUACAUGGGCAGAAGACUCGAUGCGGUAGGCGUCCAGGGGGAUUGGUGGAGUGCAAAUAUCCCAUUGAAUUGCACAUCUACGGCCGUGGAGAGGAGGAUGUUGCGGCUACUAGGAUACGAGACUGCAUUUGCGGCUUUCAAGCUUGCCUUGAGCGUGGAGUUGAACAUGACCCGUGACUUGAGGUUGGCAUCUAUGGAGCAAUACUCUGGCGAUGAGGUAUUUUACAUGUCCAGCUGCAGACCGUACUGUUCCCAAAUGAAGACAGCGAUGGAAGACUGUAAUAUGGCCAUGCAGACGGCUGGAUUCAAGGAAGCGUUCCACUGUUCUGUGCAGCAAGAUUGGGACGUGAAAAUGUGUCAAUUCGUUUGA